AUGUCAGUCGCCGCAUAUACGUACAAUGAUGCGGUCGAGAAAUGCAAGGCGAGUGGUCUACAGUUAUGCACUAAAGAUGAGAUAUGCCCGGACAAUAUUCCUGUUUAUGGUGUCAAAGUAGGUCUCGAUAUUUGGACACCAUCUUCUGAUUCGUACAAUGAGUGGAUCCAAAUUGGUAUGUACUGUUUCAUUCAAUAUACAUUUCAGUUGAUGAAUGCAAACUAACCUAAACUAGACCGUUUUAAAACACAAAACGAUGGAUACUCUGAAAAUUGUAAACAUUUUCAUCCUUUACGUUUCGACUAUAAUUUAAGUCAUCUUUCUUCUGAAGUUGACUUAAAUUAUGGUCGAAACGUAAGGAAUGAAAAUGUUUAUAAUAUUCAGAGUAUUGGGCUAUAGCAACCGCAAUUUGUUUUGAAACCAGACUGUUUUUACAAUAUACUGCAGAGCUGGUCGACCCCCCUGAAAUAAGCGCCGCAUCCAAAACACUAAGACACGCCGGACGCAAUUCGGCAAACGCGGCGCGAUUUUCCAGUUCCUGAAAGUUAAUAAAAUGAAAGGAACGUUUAAAAGAUAUGUUGACCAAGUAACUCAAAAUGUUAUAGCGCUUUUAAAUAUUUGAAAAACGUAAACCAAGGAUCAAAGUUAUCGGUCAGUGAAAAUCGCGUCGCGUUGUCGAAUCGCGUCCGCUUUGUCUCGGUCCUAAGAAUCUAAAGAACGCCGCGGCGCUUAAACGACUAAAUAGGGUUUUUACACAUAUUUUUAAUUUUUUUUAAAUUUUUUUUUUAAUUUUAUAAACUUCGUCACAAUAUAAAUUACAUAUCUAAAUACUAUAAUGACUAUAACACAUUCCGAGCUAUCCUUACAUGUAUCGUUUUCCAGGACUAACAAACUGUUAAACCAUAUUAAAACAGACUAAAACAGACAUGAAAACCGUAGAUGCAAGAUAACUCGCAAUGCACUAUAGAUCUAACAAUACAACAAUUUACAACAAUUGUGACAGGGUAUUCACGACAGCUUUUGGCCAAUUACUGUGAUCCCAUUAGACAACAAACAAAUUAUCUUAAACUAUACAAAAGCAUUCACAUUGUCUCUUAAAAAAUUAUCAUUUAAAAACAGCAUGCAAGAGGUUUAGUGAGAUCAUGAGUCUGAUUACACUUUAAACAAAUUGUUUUUCACGAACGAGGAUCAUCUAUGCUAUAAUUAAGUUGUAAAGCAGAGAGGUAGUAGUCAAGUAAAUAUUUUUGAAAGGUAUAUAAAGAAUUAGAUUUAUUAGUUAUAAGUUUUGGUAAAGUAUUCCAGAUCCUUGUUGAUCUGAUUGUAUACGACUGUUGGUAUGUCGCUGUAUAACAUUUCUUCUUUAUUACAUAUUCUCUGUAAAAAGGUGAUAAUCAUUGGGAGUAUAUGCCAGCUUGCAGCGCUAUUUCAUCUAGAUAUGGUUUCCAAAACUGGGAUGGUGUAGCCAGACCUGACAAGGGUCUUGACGUGUUUUGUUCUCCUGUCGGUAAGUCAGUUAUUUAAACAUAUUUUCUGUACCCAGGUGAUGAUCAGUUCCAUGGUCAUCCAGUUUGCACUUUUCAUAAUACUAUGUUCAGUCUUCCUUGGUGGGGGGAGAUGGCUAUAGCCAAAUAUUACAAAAGUCUUGAAGUAUUUUGCUGUGACAGUCCUGUCAGUAAGUCAUUUCAGUUUAGUUUUUAUUUUUAUUGUUAAAACGUUUCGUAGCUGAAAGCUAAAUUACAAUGUGAAUUAAUAAUUAUAUACUAUGAGAAUACAGGUAAAUUUAGGUCGUACUUUGAAGCUUGUUCAUUUUCUUGACAAACAUUCGGGUCAGGCCAUUAAAUGGAAAGCACCCUAACAGUAUAAUGCUUUAAGUAGAGCCAUACACAAAAAUAAUUUUAAUAAUAGAAUUAACUCGAGACAUCUUCAGACCAACAGUAAAAUGACAAUGAAUAAAUGAAGUUACUAUAUUCUAAAUUACAGACACAGAAAACAAAGAAAUGAGAGCGGGAAUAGUAACUUAAUUUAUUCAUAAUCCUUGUCAUUUUACUACAUGUUGUAGAAUAAGAAACCUUACAGAAGAACGACUCAGCAAAAAAAGCGUUGCCACGGCAUCAUUUGCAAUGAUUCGUCAUCAUAAUGCACUCUCCAUAUUCCUAGUCAUCAUAAUGCACUCUCCAUAUUCCUAGUCAUCAUAAUGCACUCUCCAUAUUCCUAGUCAUCAUAAUGCACUCUCCAUAUUCCUAGUCAUCAUAAUGCACUCUCCAUAUUCCUAGUCAUCAUAAUGCACUCUCCAUAUUCCUAGUGCCCUGGAACAGUACUUACACCUGAAGUGUUUAAAUAUUUUUCAAAGGUCGGUCGCCAGCGUCCAAGUACACAGUCCCUGAGACAUCCUCUUACACAGAUGGAAUGGGCGAGUGUGCAAAGAAAAGACAAAGACUUUGUUCUUUGAAAGAGAUAUGCCCAGAUGGCAAAAAACCUUUAUAUGGCCAGCAUGAUACGUAUAUGUGGGCACCAGUAUUAGACAGGAAAAAUGACUGGGUACAAGUUGGUAAGUAUUUCUUUUAAUGUUCGUAUGGUGACGCCACUUUGCAUAAAGUCACAAAUCGAUAAGAUGGCACGGAGAAUAUUGCGACUUUCAACACAAUGAAAAGACAAUGGAACAUUCUAAUCACUGCAUCAUAUAUUAAUUUAACAAACUCGUGUCGUUUUUAUCAGUGGGGGUGGAGAAGUUUUUAUUUUUUUGGGGGGGGGGGUAAUUUCCAUAAAUUGUCCUACUUGAUAUUGCCCAAAUUUUUGCCUGACCUACUUUUUAAUACACGUACCGGUUCUCUUUCAUCUUUCCUGAAUUUUAUUCUCUAAAUUCUUAGCCACCACUUUUUUGUGGCGUGAGGCCCUAGGCCUCCCGCUUUUAUAGCGUUGUAAAUCUAUAAACAAUAUGUUGCGCCACUUCCAGCCAAUCCACCACGAGGACGUGACAGAGGGACAUCCAGCCACCAAAGGGCAAAUGAUAAGCUAUGAACUAAGAUUUCCAGCCACGAAAGGGCAAAUGAUAAGCUAUGAACUAAGAUUUCCAGCCACCAAAGGGCAAAUAAUAAGCUAUGAACUAAGAUUUCCAGCCACCAAAGGGCAAAUGAUAAGCUAUGAACUAAGAUUUCCAGCCACCAAAGGGCAAAUGAUAAGCUAUGAACUAAGAUUUCCAGCCACCAAAGGGCAAAUGAUAAGCUAUGAACUAAGAUUUCCAGCCACCAAAGGGCAAAUGAUAAGCUAUGAACUAAGAUUUCCAGCCACCAAAGGGCAAAUGGUCAUAUGUUUGCAACCUAAAUUCGUCCAUCCACCAAAGGGCAAAUAAUAAGCUAUGAACUAAGAUUUCCAGCCACCAAAGGGCAAAUGAUAAGCUAUGAACUAAGAUUUCCAGCCACCAAAGGGCAAAUGAUAAGCUAUGAACUAAGAUUUCCAGCCACCAAAGGGCAAAUGAUAAGCUAUGAACUAAGAUUUCCAGCCACCAAAGGGCAAAGGUGGUCAUAUGUUUGCAACCUAAAUUCGUCCCCAUUUUGUUAUUAGAAGGGGGUAACCACGUGAGAGUGGUUGCCAUAAUUGUUUUUUUACCGAAAUUGUUUUUAGAACGGAUUUCUUUCCCAUCCUCCUCGAUAUAUUUUUAGAUAAAGAACUUCGCCUCGAUUGGGGAUUCCCCAUUUUAUGUAAGGACAGCGUCACCUGCUGAGCGAUGUGAUUUAGUCGGUGUGAAACUUGAUUUUGUUCACGAAUUUUUCAAGUUUGUGCAAAAGGAGAUAAUAUAGGUCUCAAUAUGGCUCAUUAUGUAAUAAAAGUUUGUCAAAUCUACACUGAAUAUUCAAUUUAGAUUAAUUUAUUAAAAUAAAAUGAAUUUUGGUCUCCAAACAUGAGAAAUAAUAUCAAAUUACAUUGUUGGUAUAUUAUCGCGAUGGCGUUAAAUCACAUCGCUCAAAGCGUAAAUCACAUCGCGUAAAAUCACGUCGCUCAUCGCCUUUAAUGGUUGUAACCUUGUUUAUCGCUAGUUGUUAAUUUAUUGUCACCUCAGACUGAAAAUAUUUCACAUAGAAGUGCUGGUAGCAAGUUAGUAUUAUUAACCCUCUCUUUUUCAUAAUAAUAUUUCUACAGGCACAGGGCCUUGCAAAAGUCAUUUCGAUUUGUAUGGUUUUCCAUCAUGGGGCGAGACUAAUACUGCCUUCGAGAGAACUGCUCUCUUCUGUUGCCCUCUCAUCUAUGAAGGUAUGCAUCCUUAUGUAUAUUUUUUAUUUUCUCAUUUGAAAGAACUUUUUAAACUAUUUAAUAACUUCUUUUACUGACUCUUCAUGUCUCGCUUAGUUCUUGAAAUAUUUUCACUUGAAGUAGUGAGAUGUCCGCCAUCUUGGAUAAAUUUUUGAACUCAUUAACGGUAGUUUUGGUGACGUCACAACAGGGAUUAACCAUAUAAAAGUAUUCGUUGCUGACCAAAUAUUGAUUGGUAGAUGUUUUAAAGGUUUCAAGUGAUCUUGAUAUUUCCAAGGGCAUACAGAGUAUAGUUUUGAGUGCAAAAUGAUUUGUCUAGAUAGAAAUAUUCCGUGACCCCUGUUGUGACGUAACAUGCAUAUCUACAAAAAUUUUAAGUAAGUAAGCGAAGCUUGCCGUUUUUCAGUAAUUUUGUAUUACUGUUUGGAAAUUGAUACCCCGAUCGGGUGUUGGGGUAUCAAUUUCCCGUUUGUAAUACAAAAUUAAUGAAAAUUGCAAAUUUCGCAGGGCUAUAUUAUCCGCAUUUUACAACAUUUCGCAACGAAACUUUGGAAUAUUACUAAUUUUGUGAUGCUCUUUCAAGCUGUGAUGAAAUUUUUGCUAGACUUGUCUAGAUCAAAAUUUUAGUUAUAAGGUUAAAGGUCCAUUGCAAGUGUGAAGGGGACUUUGAACUUGAGGAUCAAAGGCCAUGGAACCAAGAAUCCACCGUUGAGCUCUAUAUAUCUCUGGAGUAAGGAGUCGGUCCGUCAGAAACAACCUGGAUUAGCUGGGGGGAAAUGGUAUAAAAACUGUUUACGACCUUCGCAGAUCUUGGCGUCAAUGGCCGCAUUUCUUGGCUUCACUUUUCUCAUAGUCCGAAUGACUGAAAUUCUUACUCCAGAUAUAUACAGUAUAGAGCUCACUGGGAUGCACUUGGCAUAUUAAAAUAGGAAUAGACGAUGAUCAUAUAACCGAGUAUUAGUACUUAGCCAAUCUAUAAAAGGUCGUGUUCCCCCGAUACACGGUAAAAAACAUAGCGAGGUAAGGUGUAUAUGAUUUUACAUUUGAAAAUCUCUUCACGUGUGAAGUGUUCCUGCCACAGUCAUGUGAAAUAAAGUUUCACGUAUAAAUGUUUAAUUUCACAUGUGAGAAAUAUAUGAAACCAUUUGAUCAUAAACAUACUUAGUGGCUUAUAGAAUGCAGCUUUUAGAAAAUCUUUUUCUCAUUUUAGGGCGUAUAGCCCGGACGUGGAAGUAUGACUUGAAGUUUCAUGGAAAUUUAAGUUAUGUCCGCUUCCCUAAGAUCACACCAUUGCAAACUUCCACCAUCUGCUGGUGGAUGUUAUUGAAUGUGAAACAUGACAAGUGGAAGACCGUGUUUUCAUAUCAACGUCUGGACACUAAUCAACAAAUGGUCGAGUUUGCUGUAAAGUCAGACGGAUUGUUUCGGUUGACUAUUGGUAAUGACAAAAGGUAUUGCGAUUUAGUUUGGCGUUCGAUCAACACACUGGUCCAUCAUAGCUACAAUCCUGGCAAAAAUUAUGUGGACACCUAACUUUCCUAACGCCAAUAUUAACAUUGAGACGUUCUUUCGUGAAAUUUGUCACCCCCUGCCCCCUAUUCAAUGUUGUUUCUCGCAUUCAAAUUUUAAAAGUUUCAUUUACCAACAUUGAGUUGGGGGUAGGAGGGGGAGAAAUUUUCUGGCGGAUUAAUUAUGUAGAAAUAUAUCUAUUUUUGUUUGACGCACGCGCUGUCCACGAUAAUUUUUGCCAGGAUUGUAGCAUUCUAUAGUAAGGUGCAUUGGUUUUGAACUACCAAGGGAAAUAAUACACUUCAUUACAUAUCUCAAACAUCCAGUGCGAUGCUGGUUCACCCGCAGCAUCGCGGCCAGAAAAUGUUUAACAAACUAUCUUUGUAGGAAAUUUUCUUACACCUUGCAGAAAAGUUUAAUCAACUUCAAUGUGGAUUAUAACGGUCGGCAAAACACGAAAUGGCCGAUUAAUUUUAUUCUGUACAGACAUGUUGACCGAUCAGAUAAAAUGUGCAGUUUUCAUUAAAAUACACACAACAUUUUCUUCGCUGUGUGGGCAACAAAACGUCAUGGUUCCAAGUUCAUGGGGCCAGACAUGCAGAAACAAUACCCAUAGGAAGAAGAAAUGUUCAGUUGCAUGGAUCGUUGAGACUGGUUACCAAACGUUAAUUAUGAUUAGUCAUGCGGGACGUGAUCAGUACUUAACCAAUCAAUGUAAAUAUUGAAAAACUGGCCGACCAUUAUUACCCAACUGCACAACCUCGUACCCAGGGCUAGCUUCAAUUCGCGGCUAACCCUGGGCACGAGGUUGGCAACUGCACAGUUGAGCUGACAUUUGCAGACCGCAUGAAAUUGUUAUAAUCCAUACUGGUCAUCUUAUAUACUCGAAUGCCAUAUAAUUUACUUAUUGUUUAAAAAUUUCUAAAGUAUUUUGCGAGUCGAGAUUUAUCACAAUGUGAGGUGCCAUACGUUCUCUGAAAUCUACAUAUGCAGGAAGUUUUAUAUUUGACUGCAGGAAAUUUUGAUUCUUGGAUUUGCUGCCAGGAAAAGAAACAUAUUUUCUUGAUUCAGUGUAGGGAGUAUGAUAGACUGCGCUGUCGAAGUCACUUUUAUAUAAACGUCUGGGGCGUUUAUUACAAUAAUUACGGUACACUAAAAUGAUACACCACAUAUUUUCGUUCUAGGGAAGGACAAUUUCCUGCCUUGUUCGUCGACAGUCAUGAAUACCAUCACAUAUGUGUCUUCUGGAACUGGUUAGCACAGUCGGCUCAAGUCUAUCGUGAUGGCAAGCUUAUCUCUUCAUUCUCAGGCAUAACGUUCCCUGCAACUCCUCCAAGUAAGUGUUCUAUGUCAAAUGUGUGUGUUUACGUAAAGACUCGUUGAUUUGGGACGAAAUAGUGGCGAGGUUUGCCACUUUACUAAAAUACUAAUCAUUUCAACCCCAACUUCCUGUCUUGGGAGAACUCUUCAACAUUUAGUUGUACCGAGUGAGUGUGAGUUUAUUGAGUUUCUCAUUCAUUGUGCUUAUCCGAGAAGACGCGAAAGUCCAACCAUUUAUUGAUGUCAAUAUAAAGGUAGCUCUUUCUCCUCAAUUAUUUGAAGAGCUUGAGUAGAAGUCCGACCAAGGAUUGAAGCCGGCUCUCCCAGCUUCAAAGACAAGCGUGGUGAGCAUGACACCACAAGUGCUGGUGGAUGCACAAAAUCCUGGUAUUCUCCAUAUUUAUACAUGAAGUUGUCGGUCAGUGCAACUGGACUCUUGGUCAGAGUACUACACCGAACACUCCUAGCAGCCUUGUAUUGACCGCGCAAGAAAGGGACUGGUACUGCACGUUAGUUUCUGCCAUCUCUUACUCCAGGUAUAUAGCGAGCUCAGUAGUUUUACCACUCUGAACUAAUUAAUAUGCAAUGUUUUGCCAGGUGGAUCACUAGUCAUUGGACAGUCAUACAUGGAAACGUCGAAACGUUUUGAUCCAGACAGCUCAUUUAGUGGUGUCAUUACACGAUUUAAUAUUUGGGACUACGAACUUGAUUCUGAUAUUAUUGAGAAAAGAUCUCUUGUGUGUGGCGAGGAGGAAGGCAAUAUUAUUGCUUGGCCUGAAGUAAAGCUUUGGACGAUUGAUGGUGUGGAAAUGAUUGAAGGGGAUGACUGCUUUCCUGGUAGGUAGAUGUUUCACCUUUUUAGACUCCAUUUGGAAAAACCCACGUUAAAGUGAGUUUACUUAUAAUAUACUAAAACUGUCUGUACCAGUGUGGAUAGUACCAAUGUGAAACUGCUGUGCUGAGUGGUUAUAUUACUACCUUAAAAAAUAAGCAGAAACUCUGCUUAUUUUUUAAGUACUAUUUAAAACACGAGUAGGAGUGUUUUAUCAGAUAUAAAACGCGAGGCGCAGCCGAGCGUUUUAUAUCUGAUAAAACACGACAACAAGUGUUUUGAAUAGCUUAAAAUACGACUACAAAAGAAUACUAAUUAGGAUGAACCAUUAUAUAAUCAUGCUAAUUAGGAUGAACAAUUAUAUAAUGCCACAUGUGUUUUAUCAGAUAUAAAGUCACUCCACGUGACAUAUUAUGGCUGACAUGAUUUGCCACAAGGUUUAUGAAUUAUUAAUGAGUAUUUUAAGGUAGUAAUAUAACCACUCAGCACAGCAUUUUUACUUAUAAUAACCGACUUUCUUUCAGAAAAUUGUUUGGACUAUCUCUACCGUAACAAACGGGACAGUGGCGAAUAUGAAAUACGGCCUCGUAAGGACCAGUCAAGUUUUCGCGUAUAUUGUGAUCAAGAUACAGGGACUGGGACCUGGCUAAACAUUGGCAAGCGAGAUGGUGGAGCCUUAAGUUUUUAUGAUAAAAGUUUCAAGGUUUGUAUACUCUUAUACCCACGCCUGUUGGAUGUUCAUAUUUCCAUCCUAUUACAGAACUCCGUACCUCAAUAACUGUUAAUAUGUAAAUUGACCAGAUUGUUCCUUUGAUAUUCCCAGCAAUUUAGAAAUGGUUUUGGUGAUUUAACUGGUGAAUUCUGGCUGGGCCAUGAGAAGAUUCAUCUCUUAACUUCGGCACAAAUCCAGCAAUCCGUUUUGAGCGGUUCUGACGACCAACCUUCAUUGUUUGUCAUGCUCUAUGAAUGGUUUAUGUUAGGACGCGAAGAUGCGAACUAUAAACUUCAUUUUUCGUCCCCUGUUGGCAGUGGAAACCGGCUUCUCGCUGGUAAACCGUUUGUUACCCAAGAUCGUGAUGGUGUCUCUUUGUGUGGACAAAACAUUGGCUCGUACUGGCACAAGUUUGGUGCUUCGUGUGUGCACUCUAAUCUGUUUGGUAAACCUGGACUGGGAGGGCUGCAGGGCGCGCAAUGGUGGGGAAAAGACGUGGGCAAAGUGUCGUUCUGGCAAUGGAAAAUAAGAUCUUCACAUGGUGGGUUGCAUUUCUUUAUUUCAUAUUGAUAAGAGGAACGGAACCAAUUGUCAGUGGUGGACACUAGGGGGUGGACGGGGGGGGGGUGGCAAUUGCCCCUCCCCAGUCCCCAAUAAUUUCUGAAAGUCUUUAAUACUAGCUGACCAAUUAUGUGACAAUACUGUUAGAAUGCCUAGGAGAAAACAAAUUAAAAUAAGAAAACAAUAAAAUAUUCAGUAGGAAAUAGGAAGAAGAUUUUGAAUGAAAAUUUAUAUAAUUUGGAAUUUGAUAAAGCCAUAUUAAUUAUUUUGAGGAAAGUUUAAAAACGUGCAAUUAUAGCCUGGGGAAGGUUCAUAUAUUUUGUACGUGGUGAUAUACACUAAUUAAUUGUUUAUUCUGUUAGAGUUCAAGAAGGAACGACCAGUUAUGUAUUGGACUGGCGCUGACACUUCAUGGAGCUCCGCAAAGGACUUUUGCGAAAGUAGAGGGGCAGGUUUAUGCUACUCAUCUGUCUUAUGUAGCCCUCAACGUGAUCCGUUUGGAGCAUAUCUUCACAAUAUUAGAAAAACCCCGAUUUCUGACUCCUAUGGCAAAUGGUUGAAUAUAGGUGUGUAUCAUAAUGAAAUAGAUGUAUUGGGGUAAACCAUAUAUCUGGAACAAGAACUUCAGUCAUUCGGCCAAUGAGAACAGUGAAGUCAAAAUGGCAGAAUUGCCGUCCAAAAUCUAUGAAGGUCGUAAACAUGUUUAAUAUCAUUUUUCUCAGCUAAUCCAAAUUGUUUCCAAAUCGUAUCGCUAACCAAGUUUUCAGUUCAUAAAAUCAUCAUAUUAUUAUUUAAUUUGAAGAAAACACGAACGUUUGGCACACUCUUCACAUUGUUGACCCCAUGGCGAGCAAUCUUAAAUAUAAACUCAAUUGGGCACCUUUUCUGAUAAGACCUGCCUUGAAUUAACAAACAAGUUUUAUAAUUGAAUGUAUAUUUUUCCAAAGAUAAUACUUCCAAUAUUUAUUUCCCAGGUGAGGGUAGUUCGUGCGAUAUAGAAAGCCCGGCAGAUGGAAAUACUGACAAUACAAUGAACUACAAAAGAAAAGUGAUUUGUUGUCAUGGUAAGUUUUGGUUUUUGUUGGCUGGGUAACUGACAGUGGCGGACACUAUGGCGGGCAACCCCUCCCCCCACUCCCCCUCGAAUAAUUUCUGAAAGCCUUCGAAUGAUAGCUGAGUAACGAUGUCACAAAACUGUAACAAUAAUUGUUCAACCAUGAAGGCAUUGGUAUAAGUUAAACUAUAUAUUACAUGAAAUUUAAGGGAGAAAGUGUAAAAACUGAGAAGUGCAGCUACGUGGUUCAUACAUUGCCAACCUAACUCGCCCCCCCCCCCUCCUUCUCCCCCCUCUCGCCCGCCUCUUCUUGCUUUCUAAACUCACCUACUUAUUCUUUCAGGCUAUCCCAAACGAGAUUGGCGUUACGACCUACGUUUCUCGCAAGGUUCGCAAGGUCAUAUACACAUAACACGCACAGCGUAUAUGAAGGAAUUUGCAAUCUGUUGGUGGCUUCGCACAACACCAUUUACACAAGACUAUGCCACUGUUUUUACCCUCCACUUCAGGCAAGGAAUGAUGAUGAAAUUCACCCUGCAAAAGGAUGGGACACUUAUAGCUCAAUUUCACGUUCAUGUUAGGUAAGUUUGGAUUACUAUGCACUGCUUGUGUUGUCUCGUAGGUUUAUUUUGGUCCAUGCUACCUCCAAGCCUGGUCGUACUACUAGUCACGUGUCAACCUCAAACAGGCAUGCGUGCUACUAACUUGCAGACAAAGGGUUGUUCAUCACUGCAUACGCUGGUAUAUUCAAGACCAAUUACUCCCAGUUAAUUUUUGAGGGCAAAAAGGGCAACAGCACACGCUAGUAUUUUCUGAAUGGUUUUUGAAAUAUAACUGAUUAACCCAUUGAGCGGCAGCACGUUCAGGGCCGUUGCGAAGGGAUAUGGAUUGGGGGGGUGUCGAAGGUCAAAUUGCCGAGUGAUGCCAGUUGAAUUUGCCGAGUUUUUCAAAAGUUUGUAUAGGUAAUGAGAAGAAAAGUUUGUAUAGGUAAUGAGAAUCAUAUUGGUGUGCUAGUAACUGAGGGACACCAAUAUGGCUCUUGUUUUGAAAUAUGGAUGCCUGUUCGUGGGUUGUUGCUAAAAAGGAAUCGGGUUGCUUUAUAUAUAAAAUACGACAUUCUAAGAACAAACAAAUAUAUGGUCACAAAAUCGAAAAACACAAUUGCAAUAACUGCAACCACAGCUCAAUGAUUAGCACUAUUUUAUUUUCGUGCGUUUGUUUUCAGAUAGGAGUAUUAUUUUAAUUUAUUUAUAUUAAACAUAUAAAGCUGGAAAAAAAUUUAAAUUUACCAUAAAUUUAUACUGUGUUUUCAUAAGUCCUAAAUCGAGACUGAAACUAUGUGCACACGGGUCACGUUUUUGAGCGUUUUUGCAGUGCCGUUUUCAAAUUUAGCGUUUAGGCGCCUUGUUGACAUUGAUCGUUUUUCUCGCAACAUUUUCAGACAAAGCACUAGUUUUUUAUAGUCUUCGUUUCCAAAUAUAAACACGGAAUUUCAUUUUCGCCUUCUACUUUUCUGUUUACACAAUAACAAAGUGUCAAAACGACCAAAAGUUUCAGACAUAGAGAACGAAUCUUUGGCAUCGUUUUCACUAUUUGAAACGUUUUUGCUUCCUGACGUCGUUUUCAUACGUUUUCGUGUGAACAGAACAGUACGUGAAAAUGGUACUUUCAGUUUCAGAAAUUAACGCAUUAGGCUACAACCAAAAACCGAAUUUUGAUGAAUUUGACCUUUUUUAUCCCCAGGCGCCGAAUAGACAAUUUAUAAUAUUUUUGUAUUUUGAGCAGUCUUAAAACUCUUAGUGCCGGAUAGUGUUAACUGGGCUUUUGUACGACCCGAUUUUUCAAGAGUUUAAUUAAAUUUUAUGCGUCAGAAAGCGAGUAAAACGGAUAUGAUCAUAUGCAACCAAUCGAUGAUACCGAUCGCUGUAUGCGGUAUGUCUUUCAAAACUGUAGGCUGAUAAGAGUUAACAGUAAUUUCGCUAAAGAACUAAAGAAGACAAGUCCAUUCUUAUGGCAUGCCUCGUCUUUCUCUUGGUCUUCUUCUCAUCGAUGCCUGUUGAGUCUUCUUGAGGAUCUUGUCGGCGCCUCUGACGACUCAAAAUAUUCUCUUUGGCUUUGACUGCGGUUUGCAGUCUCAAACGGAUUAGCUGGUACGUCUUUAUGUGCUACUCGCACUUGGUUUCCCUUAUGGCAAGUUUGCUCGUGCCUCUUACGGUAAUCGUCGGGCCGUAUGUUAGAUAACUUUUAUGCCGAUUAAUACGUUUUCCCUCGUGAAAUAAAUAAUAAAGUUUCUAUAGUCGUCAAAAACCGAAUUACAUUCAAGACACUAAAGUUUUAUUUUUUUUCUUUUGGGCAGUUUUGAACCGCACAUAAUUGAUAAAAAUCCUUCGCUAUAAGAGCAGUCGAGCGAAGAACAUGCCCGGAAACGUGGGUUUCACAUUUCAGCCUCCCGUCGAUUUUCGACAAAUAAAAGACUAAUAGUUUUACUAGAAAACAGAAAUACAUUUAAAUGGUUUUGACAUAAGAACACACAAACCAUUAUUUUAAAUCCAAAAUUUAUCGCUUUAUUUAUCGCUUUAUUUAUCGCCUUCGUUCUUAACUUUUACAAUUUGCUGAAUGCCGAUUUCGCAAUUUGCCGAACAGUAACGAAGAAAUUUGCCGACUGGGGCCGACUUGUGAAAAUUAUUGGGGGGGUGGAGCACCCCCCCACACCCCCCCGCUCGCGACGGCCCUGAGCACGUUCCACCUUUCUGGCAUCAGACAGAGUAAAAUAAUGACGUAGGGCGCAGCACAACUUAAUGGGUUAAUUUAAAAUAUACAGUAUGGUAAGAAUAUAGAUUUAAGAAAUGACACGAGAAUUGCUUGAGAAACAAAUUUACCCUGGUUGUGACGUCACACGUUCUUGACGAUGAAUCUAUCCAAGACGGCGGUAAUAUAUUUUACAGCAAGGUUAACGAUAAAGACUAAUAACGUUUUGAAAUAUGGCGAAUCUCUAUUCCAAAUGGGAGAAAUGCUAUCUCCCAUUACAUUAAGGAUAUUCAUGAUAUGUUGUAUUUAGUGGUAAAUAAGUAGCAUGUAGAGAUGGAGUUGAAGUCUCUUGCUAGUUAUCUCCUGGCUAGAUCAUUGAGCACAGUGUUUUUUUCCUUCUAGGACAGAGCACAUUCCUUCAGCAAUUGAUGGCAACUGGCAUCAUUAUUGUCUCUUCAAUCACUUGAAUCAUAUUGAUUUCUUUUUUGACGGGGAACAAGAGUACACCAUUUCUCUUGGAAGCUAUACGUAUACAUUAGGUAGUUAUGAUUCACGAAAAAAUAAGCCAACAGACUUGGCGCAGGUGCACGUGAAAGUUAUGUCUCCAUGUUUCGUGAGCAAAUACAUUUUUCUUUGAUGUUGAGCGCAAUCACAAACCUUUCCUUAAAAAUAACCACUUGAAAACGCGGCCAUUGGGACGUCAUCUCGGAUUGGAGAAUUGAAUGAAAGAAAAGGAAUAGACCUUUCCCCUUUUAAGUGACAUUUUGAUCUAGACUUGCCUGGACAAAAAUUUCAUUACAGCUUCAAAGAGCAUCACAAAAUUAGUAAUAUUCCGAAGUUUCGUUGCGAAAUGUUGUAAAAUGCGGAUCAUAGAGCCCUGCGAAGUUUGCCGUUUUUCAGUCAUUUUGCAUUACAAUCUAACAUUUUGCAUCAGUUUUAUCACCUGAUUAUCAAUUUCUCGUGCGUAAUACCAAAUGACUGAAAAACGGCAAACUUCGCAUGGCUAUAUUAUCCGCAUUUUACAACAUUUCGCAACGAAACGUCGGAAUAUUACUAAUGUUCUGAUGCUCUUUCAAGCUGUGAUGAAAUUUUUGUCCAGGCUAGUCUAGAUCAAAAUUUCACUUAAAAGGGGAAAGGUCUAUUGAGUUGAACACUUCUUCUGCCCCGUAGCGCUAAAACUCUUCUGUAAAAAUAUGCGAACAGCCCUAAUAUCAUCACCAAUCAAUUUUCACAUCAGUGAAUCAUCAUAUGCAUGGUAAAACGGGCAUAAAAUUGACUUUGACAAAGAGGAAAAUAAUGACGAGGGAAAUUAUAGACUGAGGAAAACACUGGAAUCAUAGCACAAGGAAACAACUAAAAACGCGGAAAACAAUACAAAUCCUUUACCGAAACAAUACAUCAAAUUAACAAAAAACCGUUGCCUUCUUUAAGGGACCGGUCAUUAUUUAUGGCAGGGGUGGGGGCCGAAGAGAAAAUGGUGGGGUAACUGAAAAAUAAUAGUUGCUUUAGGUGGGGUGGCCAAAAAAUCCUUGCAUGCAGAGGUGGGGUAAAAAAAAAUAACCUUACUUUAAUCACACACAAUACAAUAUAUACUACUAUCAGAAGUUAAUAUGUGAUUAUUCUAAUUUUUUAAUAAAAUAUUAUUGCUUUCCAAAAUGUUGACAGAAACACCCCCCUCAACCCACCCGUAAAGGGUCAUUUUUAUAUUCAUUUACACACAAAAUCUCCAAAGACUCCAAUUACCAGACAAAUAUAUACUGCCUAUAUAUAGGAGCUGUUUAUAUGGUGCAACUGCAUGCCAUCCCCAGGGUACCCAAGCUGGCCCAGUUUUGGCAAGAUCCUGCCUUUGUUGUUAUUUCUUACUAAAGUUCACGUUGUGUAUAUAUGGGUAAAGAGUGGGCCCAGCUAUAGCUAAGCGAGAUCCAGCCCCUUUAGCCCGAGAUCUUGCUUCAGGAAAAGUGACCUUAAGUCUGUAGCCCCUAACCCCGGGCAUCCAGCCUCACCCCCAUAUAAACAUCCUCUUAUUACAUAUCUCAAAAAGUAUAAUGUACUGUCUAUUAAAUUUUCAGGAUUUAAUUUUUGGGCAUCUACACUUGAUACUGCAUAACUAAUAUUUAUAUCCAGUAUGUGCUUGUAAACCAUGUGGACAAUUCAGGUAGCAAAUCAUGAAAUAUGCCCCAUGCCCCUUGUGAAUCUGGAGAAUCAUUCCAAUGGCUAGUUCACAAUAUGUUCAAUUCUAGCCUUUGGCGACUAGCUGUUUUUCUUUACUAGCAGAUCAUGUAUACAUGGAUAAAAUAAGAGAAAUCUAUUUACCCGUUUUACAGAUUAAUUUAAUUGUUUAUAUAAUCAUACUUGGAAUUCGGAUGAAUAUCUUUAUCUUCACACUGUAUAACAGCAACUUUUUCUCAUUAAUUUACAGUAACUUUCUAAAUUCAGAUAUUCUCACAUGGGACAAAUACUUUAGUAUCGUUGUAUUGUUUACAAAUUAAAAUAUUAAAUUGAUUUCAUAAACUUCAAGAAUUCCUUGGGAAUUCUUAAGGAAUUCCUUUAAAAUUCCGUGAUAAUACAUGUGAUUGUCUAUAGUAAGGAAAUAUUAAAGGAAUUUCAGAGGAAAUUUUGGAAUUUAGAUAGUUGCAAUCAUGGGUGAGCACAUAUUUUGUGAAACUGUUUCAAAAUAAAAUUGCAUUUCAAUUAAUAAAGAAAUGCAAGAAUGUGAAAGAAACCAAAUUAUAUACAGUGAAACUUUAAAGUGGGAAAGAGAUAGGGUGGUGAAAUACGGUUAGUGUUCUAAAAUAUUGAAGCAUAUGGUUUAUAAUAUAUGUUUAUGCAUGGGACUAGCAUAUUCCACUAUCUCGUGAAAAGGGAAUAUAGCGUUGAAUACAAACUAUAAGCCUUCAGAUAACUAUAAUUCUUUAUAUAGUACCUUGCUAUUGUAGGGCUAACCCAUAAUAUAAAGGCAUGACUGUUGUGUGCUUUAAUUACUCCACAAGAAAUAAGGGGCAAGGGAUAUUAAUUGGUAAACAAGUAUUACCAAUCAAUCCUAUUCCCUUUUAAUUAUAAUGUCCACUGUGGUCAAAGCACCCUAUAAUAAUUAUUAUUUACUCUCUAACAGCAGAUGAUCUUACUCAUCAAGGGCAAUUUUGUACCUUGAUGAGUAAUACGCAUACAAAAUACUAAACUGUUUCAUUACAUAUUUUAUGUCUGAACCUUUGACAUUGCAACAAAAUAGGUUUGGGUGGGGUAAAAACAUUUUCUGGCAUUCCACCGGUGGGGUAGCUAGAAAUUUUGUUUCGAAAAAGGUGGGGUAAUGAUUUUUUCCGGCUUCAUUAUACUUUCUCUUCGGCCCCCACCCCUGCCAUAAAUAAUGACCGGUCCCUAAUUACUUUAUUUUUAUCUAUAUAUAAAAUUAACAUUCAUAACUGAAAUUCCUAAUUCAUAACGUAAUGUAACAUAUGUUCGUAUAUAAGCUUGAAGACACAGUCUAGUGGCCAAAAGCUCGUCUAAAUAAAUCAUUUUGGUCAGUGAACGUCUCGUAUUAUUAUUUCCAGCUGGUGAGCAGCUAUUCAUUGGGCAAGAUGUGUCCAGUAAUGGAGGCAUCGUAGUUGGUCGUGGCCUUAUUGGAGAGUUAUCGCGAUUUAAUUUUUGGCUUAAGACAUUUCAUCAUUGGGAAGUACGAAAUAUGGCUAAAAAAUGUGGAAAUGAAGUGGGAAGUCUUGUCUCUUGGCCUGAAGUAAAGUAUCACAUAGUUGGUGAUGUUGAAUACUCCCCUGGAACAACGUGUAUUAAACCAGGUUUGUUUGUUUGUUUGUUUGUUUGUUUGUUUGUUUGUUUGUUUGUUUGUUUGUUUGUUUGUUUGUUUGUUUGUUUGUUUGUUUGUUUGUUUGUUUGUUUGUUUGUUUGUUUUGUUUGUUUGUUUGUUUGUUUGUUUGUUUGUUUGUUUGUUUGUUUGUUUGUUUGUUUGUUUGUUUGUUUGUUUGUUUGUUUGUUUGCUUGCUUGUUUGCUUGCUUGUUUGUUUGUUUGUUUGCUUGUUUGCUUGUUUGUUUGCUUGUUUGCUUGUUUGCUUGUUUGCUUGUUUGCUUGUUUGCUUUUUUGCUUGUUUGCUUGUUUGCUUGUUUGUUUGUUUGCUUGUUUGUUUGUUGUUUGUUGUUUGUUUGUUUGUUUGUUUGUUUGUUUGUUUGUUUGUUUGUUUGUUUGUUUGUUUGUUUGUUUGUUCGUUUGUUUGUUUGUUUGUUUGUUUGUUUGUUCGUUCGUUCGUUCGUUCGUUUGUUUGUUUGUUUGUUUGUUUGUUUGUUUGUUGGUCUGGUCUGGUCCUGUCCUUGUCCUGUCCUUGUCCUGUCCUGUCUGUUUGUUUGAGAUUUUCUUUUGUACUGUAGUAACGCCGGACCAAUAAGUGAUUGGGCUUACUGGGCCUCUAUCCUAUCGAGUUGAAAGGACGAAGAUCUACAGAGUAAUUAAAAGUGAUUUAAAUUUCAUUUUUUUAAUUGUAUAUUUUCAUCAGAGCGGCAUUUUUGGCCAUUCAGCGAGAUUAAUGAGGAGGGCAAUGCAUAUAAAGAUGUCUCAAAUGACUAUAAUCUUAUUGCAAAAUCAUAUGCAUCACCGAUUACUCCUGGGAAAGUACUGACGUUUAAUGAGGAUGAACAGUUUAUAAUGAAAACAAACUUACUUGAUGAUUGCUUGGCUGACCCUGAGCUCUGUCGCCGAACUGGAUUGACCAUUGGAUUGUGGUUGAAGCGGAAAGGUAAGCUGUAUAGUGCCAGUGUAGGGAGUACAGCGGCCUGGAAUCCUUCAAAGGAAUCAUGAGUUCUUCGUGAGUUUUUCAAAGAUGUCGAAUUGCACUCGUCCUUCGGACUCUCUUGAUUGUCUUUGAAAAACUCACUCGUGCAUGCUUUUUUCCAACGCUCUGCCGAAAGUCGUGGAUUUUGUCGGGGUGCUCUAGUUUCCUCCCACAGGGAAAGUUGAUAGGGUGGGUUAGGAUAAACACAGUUAAGAAAGUAAUAUCACAAUAAUUAUUGUAAAGAUAAAAUAGUCCAGGGUAAGUAUGUAGUUAGGUAAGCAUAAUACUUGAUGUAAUGCAUGUGCUUAGAAAUCUAUAGCGCUGGCCUUUAUAAUUGGUGAAAGAAAAAUUGACAUUUAUGUCAUUUAUUUUAGGUCUACACUCAAAGAUCUUACCAGAGUCAGAUGCAUAUUAUUUGACUUUAUUGAAAUGGUUGGAUGUAGCGUCGUCUGGCGUGAGUGAUUGGUUGUUGUGUUACAAUGGAUCUAAUUUGGAUGCAGCGGCGUUUCACAAAGGAUGUGAUUACCUGGGCGCCACCGUCACUUUGGUCAAAGUUGGUGACUAUGUGUUUGGAGGAUUUUCAAAUGAACAUUGGGGAGGUAUUAAAAUUCAAUCUGUUUUGGACCAAUUCCAAAUUCUUCUAUAUGCAUAUAUGUUGGCCUAUAACUUGUUUCAGAAGUGCAUUUCUGAAUGCUUUUUUAGUAACCACAAAGGUUUCGAAUGUUUUGUUUUUAUCCAAAACAUUAACUAGCAUUUAACUUUGAUGCAUUGCUAUUUUCCGCAGGACCUGCAAGACAUAUAUCCAGCCACUCAUCAUUCCUAUUCAGUAUUUACAACCCUUCAAAUACUGGUCCAGUGAAAUUUGAGGUCAUCACCGAUCAAAAUACGUUUGCUUUGUACACAGCAGACGAACUGGGACCAACAUUUGGAAAGAAUUAUGACCUGAAAAUAACAUCGGCGGAAAGCUCUAGUUCAUUAGGACAAACAUACAGUGCAGCGCGAUCUCACGUACCUGGAUCUUUUUUCACCUCGGCUGACUCAUUUACAAUUGAUCAGAUUGAGAUUUUUUAUGCAUAUGGUGAGUUAUUAUGACACCCUCCCCUCAACACCCUCAAAACCCCCCAUCUCUGAUAAACUCUUGUUCCACUUCACAAGAAAGGAACGUGCGUAAUUGUAAGAAGGCUUAUUUAUUGUUCAUGAAGUUCAUGUUGUGUUAAUAAUUUUCCAGUGUGGCGAAUUAUUUUCGAAUGUUUUGAAAAAAGAGUUGGUUUUGUCUUGAAGAGUGAAUGCAAUAUUAUAUAAUUCUUCACAUAUUUUCCUUGACUCUAGUGCCGUCAGAAGCAGUGGGUAUCGAGUUCCCCAGUGUGAUAAAAGACGACCAAAUGACAGCUUCGUAUUAUAAAAUUCCUCCCGAAUUUGGCGCCCACAAUGCUCGUCUCCGCAGCCCUGAACAGUGGAGGACCGUGGGCUCGGACACUACUCCAUGGCUACAAGUGAAACUAAAUGCCGUCGCAAAGAUAAAAAAAAUUGCAAUGCAAGGUUGUGGUAAUGUUUGGGUGGCAACGUUUCGACUAUCUUUCAGCAUGGAUGGAAUUUACUGGACUAGUUAUAAAGAGGAUUUCAUUGAGAAGGUAUACUUGAACUAAACCACAGUCUAUCAAGAUAUGAUGGCCUGGAAACUAAACACAAGUCAUUGUAUUAUGUUUUUGGCGGAGUUUAUGUUAAUUUGUGCACGGUCAUGGUGAUUGAGCUCAUUGUGCUUUCGUAUAAUGAAGUAACCAUCCAAUAGGGAUAGCUGAGAUGAAACAAGCAGGGAUGGAUUUACUUGGGGGUGCGGGAGUCCGCGCCCUAGCCCUUGCAAGAGGGGGUGCAGGGAGAGUGCUAUUUCUCAUGAUAAGCAAAAAAUUAUUAGAGACAAAAUGAGAUACAGUAAUUUGAGUAAUAACAUGAUAAGCGAACUGUGAACAACAAUUACAAUUCAAAUACUGUAGUCAAGCAAGACUUUGCAGUAGUGAAGCAAGUUGAUGGGCAGGCGGCACACAUGACUGACACAACUCGGCACCAGAGCCCCCCCCCCCCCCCACCUGAUUAUGCUGGAUCCAUCCCUACAAACAAGAUGAAUAAUAUUUAAUGAACUUGGGACAGAAUUUGUACAUGGUGAGGCGCAGUUCAACAUGAAACAAUGGUCUUCAAUUUUGUUGCUUUGAAGUUUGCCCGGCUUUCAGGCCCUCACAUCUUGACAGACAAUGACCUAACUAACUUUGUAUAUAUAUCACCAAAGUCAAAACAAUCAGCGACUGGAUGGAAUGAAGAAAAAUUUGAUUUUCAAAACACUGAAAUGACUAUAUCUUGAUCAGUGGAGUGAAUAACACUAUUGUUAUGCAAAGUGUGUCGAGGAUUUACAAAUAAAUUUGGUUUCUAUUUUUUUGCUUUGUUCUGUUCCACACAGGUUCUGACAGGCAAUUCCGAUGGGACAACUGUAAAUGAUAUUACUUUACAAAAUGCAGUUGAAACAAAAUAUGUGAAAAUUACUGUUGUGGGCCACGGAGGCAUUAGCAGUAGAUGUAUGAGGAUUGAACUCUAUGCAACAGGUAUAAAUGGACAACAUCACAAUUAACAUCACAAUUAACAUCAGGGACAUAGCGAAUGUUUUGUGGAGCCGAAAGUCCCAGUCAACAUUAUAUAAAUCUUAAAAUAUAUACAGUAUGUUCCAGGACUGAAAUGUACAAGUUUUGGAAGUGCUAAUUAAGAACUGUAUUGAAAUCUCAUCAGAAAGUGAGAUGAAAAGCUCCAGAUGAACGCACGAAAAUAGUCUUCCUCGGAGAUUGACAAGUUGUGUGUUUUUAUUAUUUAGUUCAAGUGUGCCCAGCAACAGCUAGUGGUGCAGUAGCCUGCCCUGAGGCACAGCCCAUGAUUGAUAAUGUGACAGAAGCGAUGUGUACAAGUUUUGGUUGUUGCUUCUUAGACUCAGUAUGUUAUUCUAAACAAGAAACAGUGCAAGGUAUGAGAGGUUUCAAGCAUGGUCAUAACUUCACACUAAAAUUAUUCUCUCAAAUUCUGUUUAUUUAUUACCAAAUACAACUAUACCUAAAAUAGUGAAAACAUUUUGACUUUUCACUUUGAUAUAGGCCUAUAGCGCCAAUCCAGUUUUGAACAAACGGCCCCUGGUUAUUUUAUUUUCCUACCUAUACUUUUUCUGUACGUUUAGAUGUUGGCAUUGAAUCUAGAGAUAUUCCUGAUGAAGGUUUCACAGCUUCAAGUGUCAAAAGAGCUUAUCGACCACACACAGCGCGUUUUAAUAGCAAUGCAGAAGGAUGGAAGUCGAGCGUUUCAGACUUCCCUCAAUGGCUUCAAGUUGAAUUGAAUCAGGACGAAAUGUUAACACAUGUUGCUACCCAGGCGAUACGAGUAGCUGGCGUAAUCGUUCCUUUGAAGACAUAUAAACUCUACUAUAGGAAAUCUUCUGAUGUUUUUGCUGUCUAUAUGGAAAAUGGCCAUCCAAGAGUAAGUUUAAUAUCCAAUUUUUAGUGACCUCACGUUAUGUUUUAUCUUGGUUGUGGGACUUCAUUGCCGCAGUCAUCACAUCAAGCGCCUGUCACCUCUGAGUUCGUGGGUUUGAUUCUCGCUACGGACUCAUGUGAAAAGAGUCAGUCAACGCUCUGUCGAAAGUCGUGGGUUUUCUCGGGGUGCUCCGGUUUCCUCCCACAGAGAAAGUUGACAGGGUGGGUUAGGAUAAACACAGUUAAGAAAGUAAUAUCACAAUUGUUGUAAAGAUAAAAUAGUCUAGGCUAAGUAUGUAGUUAGGUAAGCGUAAUUAGCCAUUCCGAAGUUGAUGAGUGGACUGGGGACGAGUGUUAAAAAGUGCCCAAAUUAAGAAAUGAACCAAAUCACUAAAAAGACCACCUCAAAAUUAGUAAGUAUACCAGCGCGUCCCAAAAACAAUCUCUUAAUCAGUAAUUUCGUAAUUUUCGAAAGCUUAUUAUUCGAAGGGUAUUCAUGUAAACGUCUUCAAACUUUGUAUACUUACUAAUUUUCAGGUGGUCUUUUUAGUCAUUUGGUUAAUUUCUUAAUUUGGGCACUUUUUAACACUCGUCCCCAGUCCUCUCAUCAAACUUGAUGUAAAGCGCAUUUGAUCUUAUCUACAUGUAAAUUUCGCUAUAGAAAUGUGAAUCUUAAUUUACAUCAUUAUUAUGUGAAACUCGGAGUAGCAUCCCAUUUUAGAUUUUAAAUUUUAGUUUAUUAUGAUUUCGUUUUGUCUUUGACACAUUUCUAUCGCUCUACAUAAGCAUUGAGCCCUGUUGGACCUGCUUCAAACACCCAACUGUAAUAUUUCCCUUGUAGGUUUUUGAAGGAUAUGCUGACAGAUCAAGGACUAUCAAGAAUCUGUUUUUAAACCCUUUUGUUGCUCGAUUUGUAAGAUUGUAUCCACAAAGUAGUCCAACAGAAAUUGUCCGCAUUGAGUUGUACAGAGCAGUCGAAGGUACUUAUUUCAUUUAUGCAGUGAUCCAGAGGAUGUUUAUGUAGAAUGUAAUUCAGGUUUUAAGCUCACGUCCGUAUUAUCUAUAUUUAGCCACCAGCCUCUUUUUAGCGUCCAGUCUCUUUUUAGCCCCCACCCCACCCCUUCUGAUUAUCCCCCAGUUUAGAAGGGCUGAAACAUGUAAACCCCCACCCUCUAUGUAAUCUCUACCCUCUAUUUAGCCCCCACCCUCUAUUUAGCCCCCACCCUCUAUUUAGCCCCACCCCCUAUUUGACCCCGCCCUCUAUUUAGCCCAUCCUUUGUUCAGCCCCCAUCCUCUCCUUAUCAAAUAAUUCUCCAUAUAAACUUAUAGCGAAAUAUGAACACGAACUGAUAAUGUUGUUCAUAUAGACUAUUGGCUUCGGUUUUGUGACUGAAAUAGAAUUGUAUAACCAGAACGAGAAUUUAAAUCCGCUUAAGCCCUUAAUAAUUGAAUUUUAUAUAUUUUCAUUCCAUGCAGGUUCUCGGACAAAUGUAAUUACAACUACGUUCUACAGCAGUUAUCAUCCUACAGGAAUAUCCCUGAGGCAGCACACGUUGAUGCAGUACCGUUUCGCUGUUCAGACUGACAGUGCAUUGUGGGAAGUAUAUUGGGAAUGGAUCAGCUACCAAUGGACCCAUCUUACUUUCACUUGGAGUGAGAAGUCGGGAAUCCAGUUUUAUGAAAAUGGGAAUUUCAAGAUGCAGUCAAAGGAACCAAGCCAGUUUAUUGAAGCAAAAUUCAUAGAAAGUUCGCUCUAUCUUAUGAUAGGAUUUAACAAUGUCAUUGAUGCUGCACAUACAUUUGGCAUGGCAAAUUUAUUUGUUUUGAAGCGAUUCGUUCUGCCAGAUGAAGCUAAAUCUUUGGUGUAUGAUGGUACGGUUUGUGUGUUUUGUGCUUCCAGAGUGCAAAUAAAUUAUAGAACCCAGUUAAACUGUUUGUAUCACCAGACUGCAAGAUAACCAUGCGCAGAACUGACCACUGACAUCUUGUACUCCCCUGUGAUGAUAGCAGUUUGCCCGGCAAUCUUUCACGGUUAUACUUAUGUUCGUCUGUUUGUUAUUUCCUAGUUCCAUGUAGUUUUGGCGACACAUCUCAAUGUGUAUGGAGUAACACGACCUGGAAUAUGACUGAUUUACCAACACCUAGUAAUGACACUGGGCCUCAUGAAGGCUUUAAGAGAAGGGGUAAAUUUUUAUCAACAUGAUGUGUGAUAAAAUGCACUGACCACUGUUAAACAACUUGUUUUCGUUAUAACGCAUGCUUGAACAUUGAAAUGUAAAAAAACAAAAACAAAACAAAAAAAAGUUGUUUUCGUUAAUGUAUGUGACAUGUCUAGUUUUUUCAUAGAUUCUCCUAAUCUUGCUUUGGCAACACAUAUACCAUUGCCAGAUAACAACUCACUGGCUGUAGAUGGCUUACUUGAUACAUGCACAAUUUCUCAACCAAGUAAUCCACCCCCAGAGUGGAUCCUUACUCUUGGCGAACUACGGAGAAUAGAACUGGUAUGUUUGUGCAUAGGGGCAUUAACGUUUCACGUGAGAAGCUAAAUGAUUGAUGUUAGAGUCAGAGUUUCGUUUGAUUUUCAACCAAUUUCAUAAUUUUUUUAUUCAGGUUGUAAUAUUUAGUAAACAGCAUGUUGGGUACAAUGUAACAGUCUACAACGAUCAAAAUUCAGAAGAUUGUUAUGAGUUAAAUGAAAUUCAUGGAGAAUAUGCCAAAUCAUUCCACUGUGAACAGACUUUUGAUGUGAGCAGCGUCAGCAUAUCUAAUGAGGACACUUCAUUGCCGUUGAUGUUGUGUGAAGUUGCUGUUUACACUAUGGGUAAGAACACUUUGACCAAGCAGCUCAAUCCCAUGUGUCUCUAUUAGUAUUCUGUGGUCCAGCCAAGAACAUUUUUGAUUAUUAUUGGCCCAGUAUUAAGGUCCAAUUAGAAGUAUUUUCUUGACUUGCAAACAGCAUUACUAGUUAUCUUUGCAUAAACAUCAUGAGGUCAAAGACUGUGCAAAAGGUUUUUAAUUAAUCUUUGUGAUAUAUCUUUCUGUUUAGCAAGUGAGAAAUUCGCGUACGUGGAGUCAUCUUACCCAGUAGAGAAAGGCUUGAGUGGUGUUCUCACUACAACCUACUUUGCUCAGUACAACUGCCUUCAUUUCUCUUACCACAUGCAUGGGGAAAACAUGGGAAGAUUGAAUGUGUUUGGUCUGAAAGAUGGAAACCAGACUUUGCUAUGGAGACUAGCUGGGGAUCAAGGAGAUAAAUGGCAGUCAGCAGUAGUUCAGCUAGAACACAACAAGUUGCAAGAUUUUUACGAGGUAAUGUUCUUGUCCCAGAGUGAAUGCGUAAUCAGCCCAAUGAAUAAUUUAUGCAUGACAAGUGAAAUGAUGACCAGAAAACUGCGUCUUGCACGAUUGGAAUACUUGGAAUUCAAACACACCAGCCUGUGUCCCAACCUCGUUCCCGGGCUCUUUGCUCUUGCUUCACAAGAGCAAAGACCCUGGGAACGAGGUUGCCUGUGUUCUCCCCCAAAUUACAAUUUGUUUUGGUUUCUUCUCAGGUAACAUUUGAAGGUGUGGCAGGAGAUGGUUACAUGAGUGAUAUUGCUCUCGAUAAUAUUGUCUUUACUGUUGAUGGUCAAUGUUCCACCUACCCACCUGAAGCUGUACCCACAAUCUCAAGUAAGUACGUCAUAAUACAUUGUAAAGUAAGUUUUUUACAACCUUAUCCCCCCAGUUUUGAAACGACUUUCGCUCUGUAUGCAGUAUGUACGAAGGCACUGGUUUUGUUCGUAUUGAUGUAUUUAUAUACACAAUGUAACAACUGUUACGGAAAGUUGGUUGUAAUUGCGUGCGUAACAAAGAAAUAAAGCAUGAACAUAAGUAAUAUAAUCCUGGGAUGAGGACUUUAUUGCUGUUGAUCGACAAAAUUAAGUCUAACUCAUUGUCCAUUUCUCUGUUCUGUAGUGGUUUCACCAAAACAUGACUGCUCGUGUUUAAACACAGUAGCAACUGAGUCAGAAACCCACCUCACUAUCACCGCGUGUACUACACUAUCCCAAGACUUGGAGUGGCUAUCCAAUGGCGUAGUACAGCUACAGGGAAAAUGUUUACGACCUGCUACUAAUGACAUCAUUGAUGGCACAAAACUUGUGCUCAGUACUUCGUGUAGUGCAAAUGAGGUGGCCUUUAGGUUGACACCGUCCGGGGCAAUCCAACAUAUUCCAAGUUUGUUGUGUGUUGAGUCUACUGCGUUGAGGAAUGGAGUGAAAGAGGGUGAUAUAUUGGCGUUAGGAAGGCAUGGUUGUUAUGAUGUGACAUGGUCCUGGAGAACGAUAAUCCUCAAAGGUAUUAUUGUAUUACCGUAACUGAGCACUCGCAAUACAGUGGUUAGUGGUUACUGCACCUUUCUCCUCUGUGACCGAGGUAACUGUUUAAUUUUAGUUUCCCCUUACGCAAAUUUCACAUAUGAUUUCACAUGUGAAAUCCAUAUGUGAAAUUGGAACACUUCACAUGUGAUUCGACUUCACAUAUGAAAUUUUCACAUGUGAAUUGACGAUUUUAUAUGUGAUUUGAUUUCACUAAUUUGUUCUCAGGUGGCGAUCAAACAAAAUACUCGAAACUGAACGUGUUGAAACUUGGCGUUGGUGAAAUGUCAUGUGGGGACUAUGAUGGCUCUCUGUUUCAUUUUAUUCCUGCAAAUGUCAAAACAACCUCGUCUGGAGCUCUUGUUGUCGUCCUCGUUGGGAACACAGAUACGUAUCGCUCAGCCACUGUUGUCGAAGUUCAUGAAUAUAAUGCGAGUUUUGUUGUAUCGUUGAACGACGGUCUCGUGGUGGUGUCAGAAGAAAAUACAACUAAAACUCCUAAUCAACCAGUAAGAGGUCGGUGAAAAUCAACAUAAACGAUCUUUGUUGUUAUUUGAUAGCUUCAUCAGUCCCGGACCAUUGGAGGCCCACUUACGAUCCUCUUUAAUUAUUGGGCCAUUGUUACUGCAGGAAGAAACCUAAACUAAAGCAAAGGCUGGUUUAGCAUCGCGAUUUUACGUUCCUUAUUGUCUAGUAACAUUUUCCAUGUUUCACCCUGUAGGCUCUUCAAUAUUAGGAACACAGGCGACACCUACUCGCAUUCUGUCAGAAUUGUUAGCCGCAGUUGGAAUAUUCUCAGAAUUUUGGAGACCUUGUGUAUAUUUAACUCAGGAAGGGACGUCAAAAUUUAACUGUAGUUUAGAAGAUGUUCCAACAUUGCUGCUCAUUCGCAAGGAACGCGUGGUUGUUGGAGGCUACAUGGGUCGUAAGAGCUCAAGUAAGAUAAGUGUUGUUUAAAAAGUUAUAUCAAGCGUCUGGAGUAGAUGAAGAAAGCCUCGGAUUGAUAGGGUUGCAACAACCUGUAAAUCCAAGGAGAAUUUCGACGUUUUGAGCGAAGGUCCCUCGUCCUACUAACUUCUCGAUGAAGUGCCUUCGCUUGAAACAUCGAAGUUCUCCUUGUAUUUUUCAGGCAGUUAUAUCGAAGCUUUCUUAUUUUUGCCACUACCUACACUGGGACAGACCAUUCAAGAUGAACACUGUCAUCAAAGUACCCUUUCGUUUGAUCUAAUGAUAAGAUUCUCUUUUCUAGAGCCAAAUGGAAACUUUUUGUUUUCGCUAAGGGGCUCCUUAUCUUCAAAAUUCGACGAGGCUUCUGGCAGCGCUAGAGCUGUACUGACCGAGAGUGGGAUGUCAUUUGGUGGCGAUGAGCUUGCAAUAACCUGGAGUGUGGAGCCUGCAGUGAAGAAUGUUCCUGGGAAUGUGUUUGGCAUAACAGAUUUGAACAAGAUGGCCGGAGUAGAGCAGUUUACUGCUGAUGAUUUUGAAGUUUUACAACCAAAAGGUAGCUGUUUGAACGUUUGCAUGCAUGUUUUUAGCGUUUGAACGUUUGCAUGCAACAAUAUUUUUCUACUUAUUUUUUUAUUUCCAAGUUUUGUCACCAGUGGUAGGUCUUUUUAAACUUUGCAAAAAUAAAUAUAGGUAGUGGUUUCCACAAGCCAAAAGGUACAAAAGGUAUAGCUGUUUAUACUUUUAUCAUUUAUAGACCCGGAGCGAGGGGGAUUCGCCCUUGGGAAAAUAUCAUCACUUCGGGAAAUAUUUCGCCGAAUCCCCCGAGCGGAGGGUCUAUAAAUGAUAUAUUAUACCGAAAAUUAAAAGCCUCCAAGUUGAGAAAUAAAAACUUGACACAUACCUUCGUGAAUACGAUGUUUUAGUUUCGAAUUAACGCAAGUAUCGUCGCUUUUCUUUCGAAUCACAUAUCGUUUGGAAUAUUGACAACAUUUUUCAAAAUUUACUUCAAAAUUUUGAAAAAGCCCCAGGUUUUACAGUCAUUUACCCAGAUUAUUCAUCACUCAUCAAUACUAUUUAUACUUUGUCGGCCAUGUUGUUGUCAUGCGUGUUGUCUCGCGUGGUCUACGCGAAUCGUAUUCACCGGUGAAUUUGACUCAUAUUCACCGGUGAAUAUGACUGAAAUUUCCUGCUGCACCAAAUACGAAUGACGUAAGCGCGAUACGAUGAUAAAUUUCAUGCUCACGUGGUACAAAUCUAGCUUCCUGAUUGGACAAUUUAAAUUUGAGGUAUAAUAUUGAAACUAAUAGUCUGCACCAAAUGUUUGUGACAUAAAUUCGUUACCUUUACAUCGAAAACCAUUUUUAUUCUUCUCCAUUUAUAAACUGUAUAUUUAAAUCUGAUAACUGGAUUAGAUUUUGAUGGUUCAAGUCUAGCGAAAUUCUUUCUUCUAGAUGAAAUAUGCGCACCCAGAUGUAAAGCAACUGAAGUUUGUGACCAGAUCACGGGGAAAUGUAUCUGCGACUCAACUCAUCGUCCACCAGCUUGGUGUUUAACAGGUUGGGAAAACAAUAAAAAUAAAUAAAUUACUUAUUAAAUGAAUUUAAAAAUCAGUAUUAUAAAUUACGUAUUAAAUAAAUUUUAAAAUCAAUAAAUUACUUAGGUGUAAAAUUGUAUACAAUUUUCUGUUCGAAAUUUUCAUGUACAAAUAUCCUGUGAGUUAUAUCGAGCCAAAAAUCUCGAUAUUUACUUCAUUAUGUUCAAUUGAAUAUUUCAUGGAGUUUUUAGUUAUACCACCAUGCGUAACACCAUAGACUCGACUGAAGCCAAGCGCCUGAACUAUCUGAGAUUAAAAAUUUUACAAUCUUUUCAAGCAAGUCAGACACCACCUAUCGUGGCUUACGGACUUCAAAGCCUCUAGACCAAAAACCUUGAACUAUAAUGUAUUUUCAUAUAGGUGCUGCGAGCGAAACCAUUUAUGCAGACGCUCAACAUUAUUGGUCAAUGGAUUCUAAACUUCACGUCAUAGAUGAAAAAGCAGAACGCUCUGCCUGGGCGCUAGUUGAAGGGGUCCUCAAUGAAAAUGCUGGACUGAACGGCCCCAGUAUUGAGGUUAGAAACAGCGAUGGAAGGAUGGAACUAAUUAGUAAAAACUAUUACUUUCAGAAACCUAGAUUGAAUAGUGAUUCAACAAUUUCAUUCUGGUUUAAAAGUAUACAGACAGAAGUGUCCAAUAUUGAAGCUCGAAUGUUUCUUCAAACCUCUUAUGAUGUUCAGAGCCAUACAGGCUUGUUUAUGUAUCAGGGAAAUAGUCCUAGAGAGAUUGUAUUCAAAGGGAAAAGAGACGACAAAGAGUGUGUUUAUACUUUCUACAUUGAACCGAAUCUGUGGACCUUUGUCACGUUCGUACAGAUCCGGAAAUAUUGGCAGAUUCUGUUGAACGGUUUAAAUGUUAACGUGAAGCCAGUGUGUUCCGAUCUCGUCGCUGUUAAAAAUCCUCAAGGAAAGAUUGUACUUGGCAAUGGCGGGAGUGUGAUGUUUGAUGAUGUUGCUGUUUGGUAUCGCGGUUUGGAUGAAAGUGAGGUGGAGGCAAUAUAUCGUUAUUAUUACAAAGGUUAGUAUGCUGCAUAUUUAAAUAGGGUUGAAGAGCAAUAGUUAAAAUCACUUCACCUGGAGUUCAUGAUCUCUAAUCAUGAACAUGCAUGUAUCUCUCCUAAUGCCUCCCCAGCCCUGCAGGCCCGCAGGUCGUUUCCUGUCAGAGGAGCUAGUGUUGCAUUUUUCACAACCGUUCCUGGUUAGGUAUAAAAAGUAUAAAUACAUCGUCACUUCGUUUCUUCAUCUACUCCAAUAUUCAGUUUCAACCAAGCAAAGUGCAGAAAAAAUAUUUCAAAUAUUCUAAAAUAAGCUGGGCGUGACUUAUGUCUGAACUACCUGAAAAAUAUAAAAACACGUCGACGUUUCAAACAAAGGCCCUUCAUUCGUGAGGAGAUUUGUAGCCAUGGCACGAGGUUGUAAAAUUGUACCUAUAUUGAAUCCGACGUUUUUUAUACAUAACUUUGUGUCUCGCGUUUUAUCAGAACCUACUGUGUUGAUUGCUUCACUGAAAGUCAGGUUUGACGCUCUGGUCUGGGAAGAUGAACUAAUGGAUAAAGAGAGUAAUGCGUGGAAAUCGCUAGAGGAUGAAGUUUAUACUAAGGUAUGGAGAUACAGUGCUUAGCGCAGGAGCUUUUAACCGCAGUCACAUAUGUCAAAGUUUUCUCUCCUUUUCGACCCCAGAUGUUUUCCAGAUACUUCCUUUUGUGGGAGAACAGUUUAGAACUGAUAACUAGGUUACUAGGGCCAUCCAGUAUAAAUAAGUUUAGGUUUCCCUCCUGUAGUAACACUUCACGAACAAACGAUAUCCCUCGCUGGACCUCUGAACAGUGAAGAACUGUCGAGGUAUCCAGCACAAAGAAAGUUAGAUUUCAUCCCGUAACAAAAGGGAACCAAUUAGGGAUAACCGGCCUUACUAGACCUUCAGUUCAGUUUAUUUUAAGAUACAGGUAUGUAUAUCAACGUUUUGAUUUAUGAUAACUAUAUGACUAUACAUUUUACUUUAUUGUAGUUUGCUUCCACGUUUCCUGGGCAUGAAAACACAUCGUUUUUUAGCAUUGAUACAUGCAGGUAUGCUUCAGACAAUCAGUAGAACGUGCAGAUAUUUUAAUCUUUAAUCGUAGCUAAAAUAAACUUGAUAUUAUUGUUUAUACGAAUCUAUCUCAGCUAAAAUGUCUUCCUGCCAUGGGUUUCAUUUAUCACAUGUCGGGCCACAAUGACCUAAAAUUGUGUAAUCCAGGAUAACACAACCCGAGUAGCCAUAAAAUGUAUCAAUUAAUGUUUUGGAUAUUUCUAGGAAGGAGUCAGGCGGGAAUGUCUCAAUUCCGGUGUGUAACGUGAGACUUACUUUGAAUGGUUCUGAUUAUGAAAUGGUUGAGACUUUGGAGGAAAAGAAUAUCAUCCCGGAUUUGGAAAUUUCGAACCUCAAAACUGACAAAGGUAUAAUAUACUUCAUUAUAAAUGCAUGGACGACAAUACCUGGAAUAGAAUAGAAAAGAAUAGAAUAGGAUAGAAUAGAAUUAGAAUGUAAAAGAAUAGAAUUGAAUUGAACUCUAAUAAUUGAAGGUAAUGAAAUGGAAAAGAAAUAGAUUGGAAUAGAGUAGAAUAGAGUGAUAAUAAUGAUAUAGAAUGGAAUAAAAUCGAAUGAUAUGGAGUUGAACAGAGUGGAUUGGAAGAGAAUACAACAUUUCCUGAUAUCGAAUUUUCUUUAUUUGCAGUCCCUUACAAUGCAACAGUUGUUACUGCCACAAGUCCUGAAGCAUCUAAAAUAAUCCUGGAGUGGACCUCAAAUUUUACCAAUCUAUACCAAGGAUUUCUGAUUUCGUAUGUGAAUAAUAAAACCAAUGAAACAUUCAAUGUCACUGUGAACAAGUUUGUGUCGUCCUACGAGUUGAACAACCUAACUGGAUAUAGUCAUUAUUUUAUAAACUUCGCAGUUUAUACAUUGGCUGGUGUUGGAAAAUGGACGGAGAUUGUCGUAGAGACAAUGGAAGAUG